AUGGCCACCCAAUACAACAACAAAAUGCAUAGUAUUUGGGACACAAUCUCCCUCGAAGCAUCUGCGAAUUUUUGCGCAAAGAUCUUGGCUCCGGGAGGCAAGUAUGGGAAAUUCUUUUCACCCAAGGAUGUGAACAAUAUCUAUGAUGCUAGAAUUCCUAGAGAAGAUGCUGAGGUCAGCUACACCGCAGCUUACACGGCCCUCGGUGAUCCUGUAGAGAAGCUUGGGGUGAGAUUGGACGAUAAUACCGCCGACUUUGAGUUUCAUAAGAAAUGGAUUACUGCCAUUGAGCCCCUGCUAGCAGCUAAGAAGAUCAAGACGCAUCCAUUGCAGAUUCUCAGCGGCUUUGAGGGCAUUCUAUAUGGGCUCGCAGCCGUCAAAAGUGGCACAAUCAGUGGUUACAAGCUGGUAUACACUAUAUAA